UUAAGAAAUAAUAUGAAAAAGAAUACUUCAAAUGUGGUAGCAGCCUAUUUCACAAACACAGCGUGUUAUUUCAAUGUUGCUGGCCAUUGUUGCUGUCUUUUCAUGUUGAUUAAGAAACUGUAAACUAGAUGGAACCUGUAAUGAAACGAGUAUUUAUUCUGUGAUGUACUAAGAUGGCCCUUAGAAAAAAAAUUAAACUUAGUCGAUACUGCUGUGCACUUAUUAUUUGCGUAUUAGUAUUUUAUAUAAUCAUUUUUCAUAACUUGUUAGAUAUUAGCUCUGUAGAAAGUGGUGGACGAGUAAUAGAAAGGAAAGAAGCCACUGCUAGGUUUCUUGGGCCUUUGACCAAAGAUAACAUUGCAGAGCGGUUGAUAAUCAUAAUAAGAGAAUUUGAAGAUUUUGAAAACUCACUUGUUGAAACUGUUGAUUCUGUCAAUGAGAUCUUGGGUAAAGUUCCAGUGUUGAUUGUGGCGGAUCAUCUUCCUUAUCCGCCAUUUAAGCUGAGUCCUAAAAGCUCAGGGAAAAUUGUUACUCUAAAUAGUGAUUUGACUAAAAAUUAUAGCAGUGGCUGUCUCUCACAUUUUGUAGACAGCCAGUAUGUACUUUUUCUUCCUGAUGGAGUGAAAAUUAAAACCUGGAAGCAAUUACUAUUCUAUAUCAAUUUCCUCAAAUCAAAACGUAACACAACUGCUGUUGCUAUCCCGAUUGCAAAAAAUGUUAUUGAAUGCAAGGAUUUUGAUGUUGAUUUGAAACGCUGGACAAUAUCAUACAAUGUGAAUAAUUCUGAUAUUUCUUCACAGUGUCCAUUAGUAACUGGCGCACAUGCUUUGUUGGUAAAAACUGAAGAAUUUAAGUCAUUACCUGAACCAUUUGCUAGACCAUUUCCAUUUUCUUUUUAUGUCCAGGCCAAGUUAAAAAACUGGAAAAUAAGGAUGGCUAAAGGUGAAAAGUUGGAGCAACUCAAAACUUUGUAUUUAGACCCACACAAUAGCUGGAAACACAAGCGGGCGGAAACAGAAAGACUCAAAUCAUUUUAUUCCUCCGUGGGUAUCAAACAAGAAAUUCUACCCAAUCACAUCUCUAGAUAUUAUGGUUGUGAUAAAAAUACCCCACGUUGUUUUGGUACAGUUGUCAAUGACAUGCCGGCGUAUUUGUACGAGGGUAGGUGGACACCACCCUGUUGUCUGAAAGCUUUGAGAGAAACUGCAGCUCAUGUUUUUUCUAUUCUAGAGAAAAGUCAGGUCAGGUAUUGGUUAGAAGGUGGCAGUUUGCUUGGUGCCGCGCGUCACAAGGAUAUAAUCCCAUGGGAUUAUGACGUCGAUGUUGGUAUAUACAGAGAUGAUAUCAUCAAAUGUAGAGAGCUAAACCAUACAGAGACCGGGCCUUAUGUUGAUCAGAAAGGUUUUGUGUGGGAGAAAGCACCAGAGGGGCACUUCUAUCGUGUGCAGUAUUCAGAAGUAAACCACCUUCAUGUGGAUAUCUAUCCAUUCUAUUCUAAACAUGGCAUCAUGACAAAGGAUUCCUGGUUCCCUACACAUCGGCAAGACACUGAGUUUCCUGAAAAGUUUUUGCAGCCAUUGACUAAGAUAGAAUUUGCUGGUUUAUCAGCCAGCGCUCCCAAUAGUGUUAGAGAGUUUUUAGAGUACAAGUUUGGUGAGGGUGUUAUUGAACAACCAAAGUACCCCAACUUACAGAAUCCAAAGUAAUCUUGACAUCUAUGAUGUUGUUAACAUGGCUCUGGUGCUAUAGUGCACACUUGAUGUUGAUUGCAUGAAAACUUACACGGCUCAGUGUUUUUUAUGCUGUCUUUCUUAGUGAUUAUGACUGGGUCUGGCUUUCACGUAGUGUUUUAUUUUCAGAAAACAGAAUACUCGUUAAGCAAAUUGUUUUUUAUGAGUUGCUGAUAUUAAUUUUCAUAACUUGUGUUUUUGAUUAUUGAUCACAUUAUUAACAUAUGUUGCAAAUGUCAGUUGGUUUUGUUAAAUGGUCUUACAUUCAUGUUGAGUUUCGGGGAUGGUGUUGUCGAAUAGUAAAGCGUUUUGUUGCUUUCUCAAGGUCUCACAUUUGUAUUUUUGUUCAGACUCAGGUAUACAGGACAUUGCUUAGUCCACCCAGCUGUGGGGGGUACCUGACUUAAGUUAGAGAAAGUAAACGAGGCUAUGCAUAGGUCUGAAAGGUGAAUGUAACUUAUUUACUGUAGUUGAAUUUAGAUUUUACAUUCCAUGUUUCUCUUGAAUGA